AUCACGUAAAAAUAUAUAGAUAAAUUUACAUUUAUAUUACUUAUAUUUAUCAUUUUUUAUAAAUUUUAUCUGAAUAAAAAUUUUACAUUUCCCAAUUUGCACGUUUUAUUUAUUAUCAUAUCUUUUGCUAUAGGAAGAUACCUUAUCAAAAUGGCUAAGAAACCUGACCCAAACGAAGUAGUAUAUGUCUACUUGCGUCAACUUGGUGGAGAAGUAGCUCCUUCAUCAGUUCUUGCUCCAAAGUUAGGUCCAUUGGGUAUGUCACCUAAAAAAGUCGGUGAUGAUAUCGCCAAGGAGACAGCAAAUUGGAAAGGAAUUAAAGUCACAGUCAAGUUAACUAUCCAAAACAGACAAGCCAAAAUUGAAAUUAAACCAAGUGCAACUGCAUUAUUAAUCAAGGAGCUUAAGGAACCUGUAAGGGAUCGUAAAAAGGUUAAAAAUAUAAAACAUAAUGGUAAUUUGACAUGGGAUCAAUUAAUGGGUGUUGCAAGGACAAUGAGACCGACUUCCAUGGCCAGAACUAUGAAGGGAACUGUCAAGGAGGUUCUCGGAACCUGCAGCGCAAUAGGUUGUACUGUUGAUAAUCAGAAGCCUAGAGACUUGCAAGAAAAGUUAGAUAACGGAGAAAUUGAAGUACCUAACGAAUAAAAGACUACUCUUGUAAUCGUAAUUGGGCAUCAAUCUAGUUAAAUAUCA